CGAAAUGAGAACAGAGUCCAGAAGAAGAAAUCUACUCAUAUUAAUAUUUCAUCAUUUAAUGGAGGCGGGGUAAGUCAGUGUGAUAUACUGCAUAUCUGAGUCUGAUUAUUGUACUGGGAUAGGAUAAAGUCAUCCUUCUACCCCCCCCCCCCCCCCCCCCCCCCCCCCAAAAAAUAAAUAAACAUUGUAAAGUGGUUAUCCCACUGGCUAUAAGGUGAAUGCACCUAUUUGUAAGUCGCUCUGGAUAAGAGCGUCUGCUAAAUGACGUAAAUGUAAAUGAUUACUGUAAAGAAUCAUCCAGAAGGUUUGACCUGAACAUGACUAUGUUGUUGACAGGUACAGGGAUGCUGCCAGUGCCCUGGAACAGGAGACCAAUGUCGUACUGCGGCAGUUUGAAGUGUGUGAUAAUAUAGAUCUCGACACAGUGUUGAUGGAGUAUGAAAGCUACUAUUUCAUCAAGUUCCAGAGAUAUCCCAAACUAACCAAGAAACUGCCACAACCAGGUUGGCAUGGCGACACAAUCUCACUUUACUCAUAUCAUUUAGAUUUUUUCCCCAAUUUAAAAAAAAUAUUAUAGUGCCAUGCAUCUUCAAGGAUGCCCAGCCCACGUGGGCUUAUAAGACACUGUCUUUUCUGUAGCAAAACAAAAUAAUCAGGUAUACAUACAUACACAAAUACAAUCAUAUGAAUAUGAAAAGCUAUUGAAAAAGAACCUGCAAUUUCAGAUAUAUAGGUUAUCGUGUGGUAACGUGUUGUAACGUAUCAUAUAUAUAAGUUAUCUUGUGGUAACGCGUCGUAACGUAUCAUAUCACUCAUUGCUCUGUGUUUUGGGUCAUCUCCUGUUCAUCUCUUUUCAAUCUAGUUGAAAGUAGACAUGCAAGAAGUUGUGGAAAAAAGAGGUGAGCCUUUUUUCUCUGUUAAAACAAGCUUCAGAGUAUGGUGUUUGGUUUCAGGAACGCCUGAAUGUCAGUGUUCUGUUGUAGGUCCUAGCUGUCUGCUGUCUGUGUGUGUCCUUCAGGGCCCCCUGUACUGGAGUUCAGCCCCUUCCCAGAAUAAACUCCUCCCACAGACCCUUCUCCAGGGGCGGAGUCAAGAAGAUAGAACCCAAGAUGGUGGUCAAGGACGCCAGUAAAGCUGUUGGUGUACGUUUUCACACCACUCUGUUUCAAACAAUCCAAUUAGUUUACUGAAUGUGCUUACAUUUCACUAUAUACACAGCAAAUGGAACAGGCUGUUUGUGCCAGGUUACAUCCCAAAUAGCACCCUAUUCCCUAUAUAGAACCCUAUGGGACCUGGUCAAACGUACUGCACUAUAUAGGGAAUAGGGUGCCAUUUGUUCCUGCUGAUCACCAUGAUUGGCAGGUAUUGUUGAUGGUUGCAGGAGAACGGUGGGCGCUCAUCUCCUCCAGAGCCAACAGAGUUCGGCCUGAAUGUUUCCCCCAUCAUCAGGAACGAUGCAGGAGAGGGAGGAGGACAGAUGAAGAAGGUAGGGAACACACACACACACACACACACACACACAGUCUUGUACAACUAAUCUUGAGGGGACACACAAUUCAGUCCCAUUCAAAAUCCUAUUUUCCCUAACCCCUAAACCUAACCCGAAAACCUAACCUUAACCCUAAACCUAACCCUAAAACUAACUCUAGCUCCUAACCCUAACCCUAACCCUAGCUCCUAACCCUAAACCUAAUUCUAACCCUAACCCUAACACUAAUUCUAACCUUAAUCCCCUAAAAAAUGCAUUUGACCUUGUGGGGACUAACAAAAUAUCCCCAGUUGGUCAAAUGUUUGUUUGUUUGCUAUUCUUGUGGGGACUUCUGCACGUCCACAGAGACACACACAGAGACACAGACACACACACACACACACACACACAGAGACACAGAGACACACACACACACACAGAGACACAGAGACACACACACACACAGAGACACAGAGACACAUACACACACACAGAGACACAGAGACACAUACACACACACACACACACAGAGACACAGACACACACACAGAGACACACACACAGAGACACAGAGACACAGAGACACAUACACACACACAGAGACACAGACACACACACAGAGACACAGACACACACACAGAGACACAGACACACACACAGAGACACAGACACACACACAGAGACACAGACACACACACAGAGACACAGACACACACACAGAGACACAGACACACAGUGUCAAAGUGUUUGAUGAGUUUUAGCUGCUGGUAUUUUGCUAUGUUGAUAGUCCUGUGGUUGUGUUGCUCCUCUCUCUUAGGGUCAGCUGAUUGACUACAGAGGCCUUAUCCAGGAUGCAUCCAACAGUCUGUCAGACCCCAUGGUACGGUACCUGACCCGUAACCCUGACCCGUAACCCUGACCCCUAACCCCUAACCCUGCCAUCCAGACCCCAUGGUACGGUACCCCCCCUAACCCUGACCCCUAACCCUGACCCCUAACCCUGCCAUCCAGACCCCAUGGUACGGUACCCCCCCCUAACCCUGACCCCUAACCCUGACCCCUAACCCUGACCCCUAACCCUGCCAUCCAGACCGCAUGGUACGGUACCCCCCCUAACCCUGACCCCUAACCCUACCCCCUAACCCUGCCAUCCGACCCCAUGGUACGUAACCCCCCCUACCCCCUAACCCUGACCCCUAACCCUGACCCCUAACCCUGACCCCUAACCCUGCCAUCCAGACCCCAUGGUAUGGUACCCUGACCCCUAACCCUGACCCGUAACCCUGCCAUCCAGACCCCAUGGUACGGUACCCUGACCCCUAACCUGACCCUAACUGAACCCCUAACCCUGGACCCCUAACCCUGACCCUAACCCUGCCAUCCAGACCCCAUGGUAUGGUACCCUGACCCCUAGACCCCUGACCCUAACCCUGACCCUAACCCUGCCAUCCAGACCCCAUGGUAUGGUACCACCCUGACCCCUAACCUGACCCAACCCUGACCCCUAACCCUGACCCCUAACCCUGCCAUCCAGACCCCAUGGUAUGGUACCCCUACCCCCCUAACGACCUACGCCACCGACCCUACCCCUCCCAACCCUGUACCGCCUAACCCUGACCCCUAACCUACCCCUGACCUACCUACCUGACCCCAUGGUAACCUGGACCCCCCCGCCUACCCUGACCCCUAACACCCUCAUCCAGACCCCUGUAGACCCUGACCCCUAACCCUGACCCCUAACCCUGACCCCUAACCCUGACCCAUAACCCUACCAUCCAGACCCCAUGGUACAGUACCCUGACCCCUAACCCUGACCCCUAACCCUGACCCAUAACCCUACCAUCCAGACCCCAUGGUACAGUACCCUGACCCCUAACCCUGACCCCUGACCCUGACCCCUAACCCUGACCCCUAACCCUGACCCCUAACCCUGACCCUAACCCUCCCUGCCAUCCAGACCCCAUGGUAACUACACCGUCACCACCCACCUAACCCUGACCCCUAACCCUGAUCCCUAACCGAUCCACUAACCUGCCAUCCAGACCCCAUGGUACGGUACGUAACCCUGACCCCUAACCCUGCCUAACCCUGACCCAGACUGCUCGAUAACCCCUACCUCCAGACCCAUGGUACGUAAUCCUGACCCCUGUAUACCCUGUAACUGACCUGCCCUGAAUGACCUAAGCCUGAUAACCUGACUAACUACAUCCAGACCAUGUAAUAUCAGUCUGACCAUAGCCAUGGAAGAGCUAUGUCCAUGUGUGUAAGAGCUUUCAAACUCAUAAAUCAAACCACAAAAUUAUGUUGGCUCAGGUGUCUUCUUCCAGGAGCUUUCUGAAACCUGUAGUUCAGUGGUGACUGAAUGAGAGAUUGGCUUCGUAAUUAGCAGGGUAAGAUAGCGUAUAGUAUGUGUUAUUAGCAGAUAAUGCUGUUAUUAGCAGGGUAAGAGUGUUAUUAGCAGGGUAAGAUGUGUUAUUAGCAGGGUAAGAUGUGUUAUUAGCAGGGUAAGAUGUGUUAUUAGCAGGGUAAGAUGUGUUAUUAGCAGGGUAAGAUGUGUUAUUAGCAGGGUAAGAGCUGUUAUUAGCAGGGUAAGAGCUGUUAUUAGCAGGGUAAGAUGUGUUAUUAGCAGGUAGAGUGUAUCAGGGUAAGAGUGUUAUUAGCAGUAGGGUUUUAGAUAAGAUGUGUUAUUAGCAGGGUAAGAUGUGUUAUUAGCAGGGUAAGAUGUGUUAUUAGCAGGGUAAGAGCUGUUAUUAGCAGGGUAAGAUGUGUUAUUAGCAGGGUAAGAUGUGUUAUUAGCAGGGUAAGGUGUUUAUUAGCAGGUAGGUUUAGCAGGUAAGAUGUGUUAUUAGCAGGGUAAGAGCUGUUAUUAGCAGGGUAAGAGUGUUAUUAGCAGGGUAAGAGCUGUUAUUAGCAGGGUUAAGAUGUGUUAUUAGCGGUAGGGUUAAGUAGAGUGUGUUAUUAGCAGGGGUAAGAGCUGUUAUUAGCAGGGUAAGAGGUAGUGUUAUUAGCAGGGUAAGAGUGUUAUUAGCAGGGUAAGAGCUGUUAUUAGCAGGGUAAGAGCUGUUAUUAGCAGGGUAAGAGCUGUUAUUAGCAGAGGGUAAGAGUGUGUUAUUUAGCAGGGGGUAAGAUGUGUUAUUAGCAGAGGUAAGAAUGUGUUAUUAGCAGGGUAAGAGUGUAUAGCAGGUAAAUGUGUUAUUAGCAGGGUAAGAUGUGUUAUUAGCAGGGUAAGAGCUGUUAUCUAAAGGUAAACAGGGUAAGAGCUGUUAUUAGCGAGGGUAAGUGUGUUUAUUAGCAGGGUAAGAUGUGUUAUUAGCAGGGUAAGAUGUGUUAUUAGCAGGGGUAAGAAGCUGUUAUUAGCAGGGUAGUAUAUAGACUGUUAUUAGCAGGGUAAUAGCUGUUAUUAGCAGGGUAAGAGCUGUUAUUAGCAGGGUAAGAUGCUGUUAUUAGCGGUAAGAGGUAUUACAGGGUAAGCUGUUAUUAGCAGGGUAAGAUGUGUUAUUCGGUAGGUACAGGGUAGUGUAUACAGUAGAGUGUUAUUAGCAGGGUAAGAUGUGUUAUUAGCAGGGUAAGAGUGUUAUUAGCAGGGUAAGAGCUGUUAUUAGCAGGGUAAGAUGUGUUAUUAGCAGGGUAAGAGCUGUUAUUAGCAGGGUAAGAUGUGUUAUUAGCAGGGUAAGAUGUGUUAUUAGCAGGGUAAGAGGUUAUUAGCAGGGUUAUGUUUAGAGGGUAAGAUGUGUUAUUAGCAGGGUAGAGUGUUAUUAGCAGUGGUAAGAGUGUUAUUGCAGGAGGUUAAAGGAGUGUUUAUUAGCAGGGUAAGAUGUGUUAUUAGCAGGGUAAGAGUGUUAUUAGCAGGGUAAGAUGUGUUAUUAGCAGGGUAAGAGCUGUUAUUAGCAGGGUAAGAGCUGUUAUUAGCAGGGUAAGAUGUGUUAUUAGCAGGGUAAGAGCUGUUAUUAGCAGGGUAAGAUGUGUUAUUAGCAGGGUAAGAGCUGUUAUUAGCAGGGUAAGAGUGUUAUUAGCAGGGUAAGAUGUGUUAUUAGCAGGGUAAGAUGUGUUAUUAGCAGGGUAAGAGCUGUUAUUAGCAGGGUAAAGAUAGCAGUAAGUGUUAUUAGCAGGGUAAGAUGUGUUAUUAGCAGGUAAGAGUUAUUAGCAGGGUAAGAGCUGUUAUUAGCAGGGUAAGAGCUGUUAUUAGCAGGGUAAGAGCUGUUAUUAGCAGGGUAAGAGUGUUAUUAGCAGGGUAAGAUGUGUUAUUAGCAGGGUAAGAUGUGUUAUUAGCAGGGUAAGAGCUGUUAUUAGCAGGGUAAGAGUGUUAUUAGCAGGGUAAGAGCUGUUAUUAGCAGGGUAAGAGUGUUAUUAGCAGGGUAAGAGCUGUUAUUAGCAGGGUAAGAGCUGUUAUUAGCAGGGUAAGAGCUGUUAUUAGCAGGGUAAGAGCUGUUAUUAGCAGGUAAUAGAUGUGUUAUUAGCAGGGGUUAAGAGUGUGUUAUUAGCAGGGUAAGAGCUGUUAUUAGCAGGGUUAAGAGUGUUAUUAGCAGGGUAAGAGCUGUUUAUUAGCAGGGUAAGAGUGUUAUUAGCAGGGUAAGAUGUGUUAUUAGCAGGGUAAGUGUUAUGCGGGUAAGACUGUUAUUCAGGUGAAGAUGUUAUUAGCAGGGUAAGAGUGUUAUUAGCAGGGUAAGAUGUGUUAUUAGCAGGGUAAGAGCUGUUAUUAGCAGGGUAAGAGCGUUAUUAGCAGGGUAAUAGCUGUUAUUAGCAGGGUAAGAGUGUUAUUAGCAGGUAAUGAUGUGUUAUUUAGCAGGGUAAGAGGUGUUAUUAGCAGGGUAAGAGCUGUUAUUAGCAGGGUAAGAGCUGUUAUUAGCAGGGUAAGAUGUGUUAUUAGCAGGGUAAGAGCUGUUAUUAGCAGGGUAAGAGGGAGCUGUUAUUAGCAGGGAUAAGAGCUGUUAUUAGCAGGGUAAGAUGCUGUUAUUAGCAGGGUAAGAGCUGUUAUUAGCAGGGUAAGAGCUGUUAUUAGCAGUGUGUAACAGUAGUGUUAUUAGCAGGGUAAGAUGUGUAUUAAGUAAGCUGUUAUUAGCAGGGUAAGAGUGUUAUUAGGAAGGGAUAGCAUGGUUAUUAGCAGGGUAAGAGCUGUUAUUAGCAGGUAAAGCUGUUAUUAGCAGGGUAAGAGCUGUUAUUAGCAGGGUAAGAUUUUGUGGUUAUUAGCAGGGUAAGAGCUGUUAUUAGCAGGUAAGAUGCUGUUAUUAGCAGGGUAAGAUGCUGUUAUUAGCAGGGUAAGAGUGUUAUUAGCAGGGUAAGCAACAGGUGUUAUUAGCAGGGUAAGAUGUGUUAUUAGCAGGUAAGAGUGUUAUUAGCAGGUAAGAGCUGUUAUUAGCAGGUAAAGCUGUUAUUAGCAGGGUAAGAGUGUUAUUAGCAGGGUAAGAGUGUUAUGCAGGUAGGUAGCAGGUGUUGUAAGAUGUGUUUUAGCAGGGUAAGUGUAUUGCAGGUGUUAUUAGCAGGGUAAGAGUGUUAUUAGCAGGGUAGAGUUUACAGGGUAAGAGUGUUAUUAGCAGGGUAAAUGUGUUAUUAGCAGGUAAGAUGUGUUAUUAGCAGGGUAAGAUGUUUGCUAUUUAUUAGCAGGAGAGUGCUAUUAGCAGGGUAAGAUGUGUUAUUAGCAGGUAAGAUGUGUAUUAGCAGGGUAAGAGCUGUUAUUAGCAGGGUAAGAGCUGUAAUUAGUAGGGUCAUUAUUAUUUAUUUUGGUAAAUCGUUGACGACGUUCUCUUUUAAUCUGUAAUACUCAGAUGAAACACUAGAGAGCACUGAAGAGCUGUCUUUGUUGUGUGAAUAUAAUGCCACCAUUGUAUCAAAUGUGUGUGUGUAUAUUAAUGAAGGUCUAAGCUCCAUCCCUCUCCUGUCUCUAAAGGACAUCUAUUUACACAACCCCGCUGUGCGCUGGGACGAUAUCAUAGGCCUGCAGGCCGCCAAGCGAUUAGUCAAAGAGGCUGUCGUCUACCCUGUUAAGGUACAGGCUCUUCCUCUGCUACCGUACCGUUCCAUUCUGAUCCGGAAUAUGUCUCCACUAAAAACAGUUAUUCCUCAAGGUGACAUUAAAUCCAUACUUGAAAACCACCCAGUCUGGCCUUUAAUGUCCUAUCACAGCCUAAUGAUGACACUGAGACACAUUAUUCUGUAUGUUACUUUAUCUGACCCUCCCUAUGUACGCUGAGGCCCAAUCCUGGUACUUUAUCUGACCCUCCCUAUGUACGCUGAGGCCCAAUCCCGGUACUUUAUCUGACCCUCCCUAUAUACGCUGAGGCCCAAUCCUGGUACUUUAUCUGACCCUCCCUAUGUACGCUGAGGCCCAAUCCUGGUACUUUAUCUGACCCUCCCUAUGUACGCUGAGGCCCAAUCCUGGUACUUUAUCUGACCCUCCCUAUGUACGCUGAGGCCCAAUCCCAGUACUUUAUCUGACCCUCCCUAUGUACGCUGAGGGCCCAAUCCUGGUACUUUAUCUGACCCUCCCCUAUGUACGCUGAGGCCCAAUCCUGGUACUUUAUCUGACCCUCCCUAUGUACGCUGAGGCCCAAUCCCAGUACUUUAUCUGACCCUCCCUAUGUACGCUGAGGCCCAAUCCUGGUACUUUAUCUGACCCUCCCUAUGUACGCUGAGGCCCAAUCCUGGUACUUUAUCUGACCCUCCCUAUGUACGCUGAGGCCCAAUCCUGGUACUUUAUCUGACCCUCCCUAUGUACGCUGAGGCCCAAUCCUGGUACUUUAUCUGACCUUCCCUAUUUACGCUGAGGCCCAAUCCUGGUACUUUAUCUGACCCUCCCUAUGUACACUGAGGCCCAAUCCUGGUACUUUAUCUGACCCUCCCUAUGUACGCUGAGGCCCAAUCCCGGUACUUUAUCUGACCCUCCCUAUAUACGCUGAGGCCCAAUCCUGGUACUUUAUCUGACCCUCCCUAUGUACGCUGAGGCCCAAUCCUGGUACUUUAUCUGACCCUCCCUAUGUACGCUGAGCCCAAUCCUGGUACUUUAUCUGACCUCCCUAUGUACGCUGAGGCCCAAUCCUGGUACUUUAUCUGACCCUCCCUAUGUACGCUGAGGCCCAAUCCUGGUACAUUUAUCUGACCUCUCCCCUAUGUACAGCUGAGGCCCAAUCCUGGUACUUUAUCUGACCUCCCUAUGUACGCUGAGGCCCAAUCCCGGUACUUUAUCUGACCCUCCCUAUGUACGCUGAGGCCCAAUCCCGGUACUUUAUCUGACCCUCCCUAUGUACGCUGAGGCCCAAUCCUGGUACUUUAUCUGACCCUCCCUAUGUACGCUGAGGCCCAAUCCUGGUACUUUAAAUGCUGCUGUUGCUUACACCUGCUUUUGUGUUUUUUCUUCAACUGAAAGCGUUCUGUUUCACUAGAAGGAACAGAGUUGACUCUUUCUCACUAUUUAUUCAUUGCUACUUUAUUUAUUUUUGGUCAAAAUGUGUAAAUGGUAAACUUCUGUCCGUCAAUGGCCCAUCUUACAGUAUGGACCAUCCUACAAUAUGGCCCAUCUUACAAUAUGGCCCGUCUUACAAUAUGGCCGUCUUACAGUAUGGCCCGUCUUACAAUAUGGCCCGUCUUACAAUAUGGCCCGUCUUACAAUAUGGACCAUCCUACAAUAUGGCCCGUCUUACAAUAUGGCCCGUCUUACAAUAUGGCCCGUCUUACAAUAUGGCCCGUCUUACAAUAUGGCCCAUCCUACAAUAUGGACCAUCCUACAAUAUGGCCCGUCUUACAAUAUGGCCCGUCUUACAAUAUGGCCCGUCUUACAAUAUGGACCAUCCUACAAUAUGGACCAUCCUACAAUAUGGCCCGUCUUACAAUAUGGCCCGUCUUACAAUAUGGCCCAGCCUACAAUAUGGCCCAUCCUACAAUAUGGCCCGUCUUACAAUAUGGCCCAUCCUACAAUAUGGCCCGUCUUACAAUAUGGCCCGUCUUACAAUAUGGACCGUCCUACAAUAUGGCCCGUCUUACAAUAUGGCCCGUCUUACAAUAUGGCCCGUCUUACAAUAUGGCCCGUCUUACAGUAUGGCCCGUCCUACAGUAUGGACCGUCCUACAAUAUGGCCCGUCUUACAAUAUGGCCCGUCUUACAAUAUGGACCAUCCUACAAUAUGGACCAUCCUACAAUAUGGCCCAUCUUACAAUAUGGCCCGUCUUACAAUAUGGCCCGUCUUACAAUAUGGCCCGUCUUACAAUAUGGACCAUCCUACAAUAUGGACCAUCCUACAAUCUGGCCCGUCUUACAAUAUGGCCCAUCCUACAAUAUGGCCCAUCCUACAAUAUGGCCCGUCUUACAAUAUGGCCCAUCCUACAAUAUGGCCCGUCUUACAAUAUGGCCCGUCUUACAAUAUGGCCCAUCCUACAAUAUGGCCCGUCUUACAAUAUGGACCAUCCUACAAUAUGGCCCGUCUUACAAUAUGGACCAUCCUACAAUAUGGCCCGUCUUACAAUAUGGACCAUCCUACAAUAUGGACCAUCCUACAAUAUGGCCCGUCUUACAAUAUGGCCCAUCUUACAAUAUGGCCCAUCUUACAAUAUGGCCCGUCUUACAAUAUGGCCCAUCCUACAAUAUGGCCCGUCUUACAAUAUGGACCAUCCUACAAUAUGGCCCGUCUUACAAUAUGGACCAUCCUACAAUAUGGCCCGUCUUACAAUAUGGACCAUCCUACAAUAUGGGACCAUCCUACAAUAUGGCCCGUCUUACAAUAUGGCCCAUCUUACAAUAUGGCCCAUCUUACAAUAUGGCCCGUCGUUGUAUUGUGACAGUGAUAAGGUUGUAUUGUGACAGUGAUGUUUAUAGAUAUGGGUGUAUUGUGACAGUGGUGUUUAUAGAUAUGGUUGUAUUGUGACAGUGAUGUUUAUAGAUAUGGUUGUGUUGUGACAGUGAUGUUUAUAGAUAUGGUUGUAUUGUGACAGUGAUGUUUAUAGAUAUGGUUGUAUUGUGACAGUGGAUGUUUAUUAGAUAUGGUUUGUAUUGUGACAGUGAUGUUUAUAGAUAUGGUUGUAUUGUGACAGUGAUGUUUAUAGAUAUGGUUGUAUUGUGACAGUGAUGUUUAUAGAUAUGGGUUGUAUUGUGACCGUGAUGUUUAUAGAUAUGGUUUGUGUUGUGACAGUGAUGUUUUAUAGAUAUGGUUGUAUUGUGACAGUGAUGUUUAUAGAUAUGGUUGUAUUGUGACAGUGAUGUUUAUAGAUAUGGUUGUAUUGUGGACAGUGAUGUUUAUAGAUCUGGUUUGUAUUGUGACAGUGAUGUUUAUAGAUAUGGUUUGUAUUGUGACAGUGAUGUUUAUAGAUAUGGUUGUAUUGUGACAGUGAUGUUUAUAGAUAUGGUUGUGUUGUGACAGUGAUGUUUCUAGAUAUGGUUGUAUUGUGACAGUGAUGUUUAUAGAUAUGGUUGUAUUGUGACAGUGAUGUUUAUAGAUAUGGUUGUAUUGUGAAGUGAUGUUUUAUAGAUAUGGUUGUAUUGUGACAGUGAUGUUUAUAGGAUAUGGUUGGUAUUGUGACAGUGAUGUUUUAUAGAUAAGGUUGUAUGUGACAGUGAUAAGGUUGUAUUGUACAUGAUAUGGUUGUGUUGUGACAGUGAUGUUUAUAGAUAUGGUUUGUGUUGUGACAGUGGUGUUUAUAGAUAUGGUUGUAUUGUGACAGUGAUGUUAUAGAUAUGGUUGUAUUUGUGACCAGUGAUGUUUAUAGAUAGGGUUGUAUUGUGACAGUAGGUUGUAUGUGACAGUGAUGUUUAUAGAUAUGGUUGUAUUGUGACAGUGAUGUUUAUAGAUAUGGUUGUAUUGUGACAGUGAUGUUUAUAGAUAUGGUUGUAUUGUGACAGUGAUGUUUAUAGAUAUGGUUGUGUUGUGACAGUGAUGUUUAUAGAUAUGGUUGUAUUGUGACAGUGAUGUUUAUAGAUAUGGUUGUAUUGUGACAGUGAUGUUUAUAGAUAUGGUUGUAUUGUGACAGUGAUGUUUAUAGAUAUGGUUGUAUUGUGACAGUGAUGUUUAUAGAUAAGGUUGUAUUGUGACAGUGAUAAGGUUGUAUUGUGGCAGUGAUAAGGUUGUAUUGUGACAGUGAUAAGGUUGUAUUGUGACAGUGAUGUUUAUAGAUAUGGUUGUAUUGUGACAGUGAUGUUUAUAGAUAUGGUUGUAUUGUGACAGUGAUGUUUAUAGAUAUGGUUGUGUUGUGACAGUGAUGUUUAUACAUUAGAUAUGGUUGUAUUGUGACAGUGAUGUUUAUAUAUAUGGUUGUAUUGUGACAGUGAUGUUUAUAGAUAAGGUUGUAUUGUGACAGUGAUAAGGUUGUAUUGUGACAGUGAUAAGGUUGUAUUGUGACAGUGAUGUUUAUAGAUAUGGUUGUGUUGUGACAGUGAUGUUUAUAGAUAUGGUUGUAUUGUGACAGUGAUGUUUAUAGAUAUGGUUGUAUUGUGACAGUGAUGUUUAUAGAUAUGGUUGUGUUGUGACAGUGAUGUUUAUACAGUAGAUAUGGUUGUGUUGUGACAGUGAUGUUUAUACAUUAGAUAUGGUUGUAUUGUGACAGUGAUGUUUAUAGAUAUGGUUGUAUUGUGACAGUGAUGUUUAUAGAUAAGGUUGUAUUGUGACAGUGAUAAGGUUGUAUUGUGACAGUGAUAAGGUUGUAUUGUGACAGUGGUGUUUAUAGAUAUGGUUGUAUUGUGACAGUGAUGUUUAUAGAUAUGGUUGUGUUGUGACAGUGAUGUUUAUAGAUAUGGUUGUGUUUGUGACAGUGGAUGUUUAUAGAUAUGGUUGUAUUGUGACAGUGAUGUUUAUAGAUAUGGUUGUAUUGUGACAGUGAUGUUUAUAGAUAAGGUUGUAUUGUGACAGUGAUAAGGUUGUAUUGUGACAGUGAUAAGGUUGUAUUGUGACAGUGAUGUUUAUAGAUAUGGUUGUAUUGUGACAGUGAUGUUUAUAGAUAUGGUUGUAUUGUGACAGUGAUGUUUAUAGAUAUGGUUGUGUUGUGACAGUGAUGUUUAUAGAUAUGGUUGUGUUGUGACAUUGAUGUUUAUAGAUAUGGUUGUGUUGUGACAUUGAUGUUUAUAGAUAUGGUUGUAUUGUGACAGUGAUGUUUAUAGAUAUGGUUGUAUUAUGACAGUGGUGUUUAUAGAUAUGGUUGUAUUGUGACAGUGAUGUUUAUAGAUAUGGUUGUGUUGUGACAGUGAUGUUUAUAGAUAUGGUUGUAUUGUGACAGUGAUGUUUAUAGAUAUGGUUGUAUUGUGACAGUGGUGUUUAUAGAUAUGGUUGUAUUGUGACAGUGAUGUUUAUAGAUAUGGUUGUGUUGUGACAGUGAUGUUUAUAGAUAUGGUUGUAUUGUGACAGUGGUGUUUAUAGAUAUGGUUGUAUUGUGACAGUGAUGUUUAUAGAUAUGGUUGUGUUGUGACAGUGAUGUUUAUAGAUAUGGUUGUAUUGUGACAGUGAUGUUUAUAGAUAUGGUUGUGUUGUGACAGUGAUGUUUAUACAUUAGAUAUGGUUGUAUUGUGACAGUGAUUUUUAUAUAUAUGGUUGUAUUGUGACAGUGAUGUUUAUAGAUAAGGUUGUAUUGUGACAGUGAUAAGGUUGUAUUGUGACAGUGAUAAGGUUGUAUUGUGACAGUGAUGUUUAUAGAUAUGGUUGUAUUGUGACAGUGAUAAGGUUGUAUUGUGACAGUGAUAAGGUUGUAUUGUGACAGUGGUGUUUAUAGAUAUGGUUGUAUUGUGACAGUGAUGUUUAUAGAUAUGGUUGUGUUGUGACAGUGAUGUUUAUAGAUAUGGUUGUAUUGUGACAGUGAUGUUUAUAGAUAUGGUUGUGUUGUGACAGUGAUGUUUAUAGAUAUGGUUGUAUUGUGACAGUGAUGUUUAUACCGUAGAUAAGGUUGUAUUGUGACAGUGAUAAGGUUGUAUUGUGACAGUGAUAAGGUUGUAUUGUGACAGUGAUGUUUAUAGAUAUGGUUGUAUUGUGACAGUGAUGUUUAUAGAUAUGGUUGUAUUGUGACAGUGAUGUUUAUAGAUAUGGUUGUAUUGUGACAGUGGUGUUUAUAGAUAUGGUUGUAUUGUGACAGUGAUGUUUAUAGAUAUGGUUGUAUUGUGACAGUGAUGUUUAUAGAUAUGGUUGUGUUGUGACAUUGAUGUUUAUAGAUAUGGUUGUGUUGUGACAGUGAUGUUUAUAGAUAUGGUUGUGUUGUGAGAGUGAUGUUUAUAGAUAUGGUUGUAUUGUGACAGUGAUGUUUAUAGAUAUGGUUGUAUUGUGACAGUGAUGUUUAUAGAUAUGGUUGUGUUGUGACAGUGAUAAGGUUGUAUUGUGACAGUGAUGUUUAUACAUUAGAUAUGGUUGUGUUGUGACAGUGAUGUUUAUAGAUAUGGUUGUAUUGUGACAGUGAUGUUUAUAGAUAUGGUUGUAUUGUGACAGUGGUGUUUAUAGAUAUGGUUGUAUUGUGACAGUGAUGUUUAUAGAUAUGGUUGUAUUGUGACAGUGAUGUUUAUAGAUAUGGUUGUAUUGUGACAGUGAUGUUUAUAGAUAUGGUUGUAUUGUGACAGUGAUGUUUAUAGAUAUGGUUGUAUUGUGACAGUGAUGUUUAUAGAUAUGGUUGUAUUGUGACAGUGGUGUUUAUAGAUAUGGUUGUAUUGUGACAGUGAUGUUUAUAGAUAUGGUUGUAUUGUGACAGUGAUGUUUAUAGAUAUGGUUGUGUUUUGACAGUGAUGUUUAUAGAUAUGGUUGUGUUGUGACAUUGAUGUUUAUAGAUAUGGUUGUGUUUUGACAGUGAUGUUUAUAGAUAUGGUUGUGUUGUGACAUUGAUGUUUAUAGAUAUGGUUGUGUUGUGACAGUGAUGUUUAUAGAUAUCGUUGUAUUGUGACAGUGAUGUUUAUAGAUAUGGUUGUAUUGUGACAGUGGUGUUUAUAGAUAUGGUUGUGUUGUGACAGUGAUGUUUAUAGAUAUGGUUGUAUUGUGACAGUGAUGUUUAUAGAUAUGGUUGUAUUGUGACAGUGAUGUUUAUAGAUAUGGUUGUGUUGUGACAGUGAUGUUUAUAGAUAUGGUUGUGUUGUGACAGUGAUGUUUAUAGAUAUGGUUGUAUUGUGACAGUGAUGUUUAUAGAUAUGGUUGUGUUGUGAGAGUGAUGUUUAUACAGUAGUUAUGGUUGUAUUGUGACAGUGAUGUUUAUAGAUAAGGUUGUAUUGUGACAGUGAUAAGGUUGUAUUGUGACAGUGAUAAGGUUGUAUUGUGACAGUGAUGUUUAUAGAUAUGGUUGUAUUGUGACAGUGAUGUUUAUAGAUAAGGUUGUAUUGUGACAGUGAUAAGGUUGUAUUGUGACAGUGAUAAGGUUGUAUUGUGACAGUGAUAAGGUUGUAUAACAUUCCUUCAUGCUGUCCUUAGUAUCCACAGCUAUUCACUGGCAUCCUGUCUCCAUGGAAAGGUCUGCUUUUAUACGGGCCACCAGGUAACACACACCUACACCUACACACACCUACACACACACCUACACCUACACACACACCUACACCUACACACCUGCACACACACCUACACACACCUACACCUACACACCACCUACACACACCUACACACACACCUAACCUACACACACCUACACCUACACACACACCUACACCUAACCACACACCAACACCUACACACUACACACAUACACUACACACCUACCACACCUACACACACACCACCUACACCUACACACACCUACACACACACCCUACACCUACACACACACACACACCUACAACACACACCUACACUACACACACCUACACCUACACACACACCAACACCUACACACAUCUACACACACACACCUACACACCUACACACACCUACACACACCUACACCUACACACACACACCUACACACACACACACCUACACCUACACACACACCUACACACACACACACACACACCUACACACACACACACACACACACACACACACACACACACACACACACACACACACACAAACACCUACACCUACACACACAUCCAACCCCUACACACACACCUACACCUACACACACAUAUACACACAAAAACACCUACUCACGCACACAAACACUCCUAACCUCUCCUCUCAGGUACAGGUAAGACACACACUAACAGUCCUAACAGUCCUAACAGUCCUAACAGUCCUACCCUCUCCCUCUCAGGUACAGGUAAGACCCUGCUGGCCAAGGCUGUAGCCACAGAGUGUAACACCACCUUCUUCAAUAUCUCAGCCUCCAGCAUCGUCAGCAAGUGGAGAGGAGACUCUGAGAAGCUGGUUAGGGUACGGCAUUCUGCUCUUACUCUAUUGACUAUAGCUGCAUGACAACACUAAACCGUAUUAUAUCCAACCUCAACACAUAUCUAACCUGGAGAGGAGACGGAGCUGGUCAGGGUAUGUGGCUGGAGAGGAGACGGAGCUGGUCAGGGUAUGUGGCUGGAGAGGAGAC